AUGAGCUCCUCUAUUGCCAGCCCGGUUAGCGAACAAUUUGGAGAUAUCCAGGCGCAGCUGAAAAAUCUACGAAAUAGCGUGGAUCAUCUGGAGGCCGUUGCUUUUGUGCCACCAAAGCAACGACAUACGAGCGUCAAAGAAUUGGCCAGUGACAUUGCCUCCGACGCGUAUGAUGUUGGUAUUCCAAUUGAUGUCUUGGAACAAUUAAUCGAUGUCCUCACCAAGCCAAACCACUUGGAUCAGACAACAAUCACCACGCUGAUCAAGAAUUUAUAUCCUCAAGAAAGUGUAUCUUCGAUCGUUGUGACAAAAGUAAUAUGCAGCCUUGGGCCAAGUAAACUCAAACCUUCCCCUGCCACGCAGACGUUACUCCUGCAAUGGCUGUUACUUGUUUACGAGUUUCUCGAGGACCAAGCGCAUCUUCCGAGGCUCUACGCGGUACUUUUUGAUAUGCUUGAUAUGAUUAGCCUGAGGCGCCCACUAUGUCAUAUGCUGUCUAUGAUAACUCGUCGUCGGCACGUCAAGCCCUUCAGAAUUCAAGCCAUCAUGGAACUCUUGCGAAAUGCAGGGGAUGACGAAAAAGAGCUCACGGCUUUAUUGAGAGUAUUCAAAAACUAUUACCCAGAUAUCAUCAUUGGAGAAUUGGGGCGUGUGAAAUUCUUUUUCAAACAUCCUGAUCCUGAAUGGACGGCCAAAGUCAGGCAAUUACAGGAACGGAGCAGGAACAGGGUCCAAUUCAGGACAGAAUAUAACAGCUUUCAAGCCGUCAGGCGUGGUGUGUCCAAGCGAAGCAAAAUCUCUGGUGUCAUUCCAGAUGUUCAAACAUCACGAGUGAAGCCUGAAUACACGUCUCUAGAAGAACUGAGGGAUGUGGAUAACUUUGUAGAACGCUUGGACAAAAUCGAGUUACCAAACCAGAUAGUCUCGGUGCUAGAUGACCGCAUGGCACAGAAAUAUAUGGCAAUAGUUGGGCCCGAUAUUGCUAGACAUCGACUAGAAGAUUGGUUAGUGGCGUUUCUGAAGGAUGAAGCUGAAUUGGCAAAGCUUCCCGAUUCCAACGAGUCCGAAGCUCUUCGCUACGUUCUAGGAGCCGUCUCUGAAUAUGUUCGAAGCACGAAGCAACUGCCUGACGCAAUGCAAUCAUUUCUCAAAAGCUACCUCCAGGGUUGGAAUGGGCGGGACUAUCGAGAAGAGAUCUUGGAAAUUAUGAGAUUUAUUCCAAAAAGUUCCUACGACGAACUGCGCAAAGACUACCUGGAUCGACUGGAUACUGCCAUGUUAAACCAUAUCUCUUCAUCUCGGACUAGCCUCCUCGACUUUUACGCCAAGUUGAUUCGGCAGUGGGGAGUAGAUCUACGAGCAGGAAGUCCUUCCUUCACCACUGGAGGUUUCAAACCUUUGGUAGCUCUUGUCACCCAUGCGGAGUUUCUGUUGCUAUCGCUCAUGGAGAUUCCUACUUUAGCACAAAACCCCGAUGCUGAGGAAUCCAGGCCCGUGACGACGAGUAUACUCGACCUUUACUCUGAUCUGGCGGAGCUUUAUUCACACGCAUCUAACAAUGGCAAAAUCCGUUUAACAGUGCCUUUAUCUCCAGCAAUCUACAGUCUGGCAUUUACCUCCAAUCUUGCUCAGAUAUCACGCUUAUGCAGCGUUCUCGCCACUUAUAAAAAUUCUUUUGAAUCAUCAUUGACGUCUCAAACACUGCAGUCACCAGCCAAGUCUACAGGGGGCUUUUAUGCUCCUGAAAUGGUUGGCCUUUACAACGGGUACAUCAUGGAUUUGUGCAACCUUGUUUGGAGAAAUCGGGCACUGAAUAGUGAGGAUCAAAACGCCCAUGGCUGUUUGAUACCCCAGGUGACUAAAAAUGCCUUGAUUGAGUAUAUUGACGACUCGAAUGAAUUAUUAAAACAACGCAGCAGAGGACGGUCCGAGGGACCAGCAUUCAACCAUUCACUUGGGCUUAUGUUUUCUCUGAGCUAUCAUGUUGCACUGGCGAACCAUUCAGCAGCAUGCUUUGCCACCUUUGAGGAACAAAGCAUAGAACGCCAUGACCAGCCGACAAUCAGGAAACCGGUCACGCAAAAAACGUUGACCACGCUUGAGAAAGAGGACGGGGUCAAAUUAACUUGGCAUGAAUACAGAUUGAAAAUGCUGGAUUGGUUUGAUGACAUGGGCAGUGAUGGAAUUGGAAAGUUGAUGAGAAGUACUAUGAAAGCACUGCGCAAGGAGACGUGA